AUGGGAGUCAGGGUCAACCCUGUGUCUAAAGAAUUGGGGGUCAGGGUCAACCCUGUGUCUAAGGUAUUGGGGGUCAGGGUCAACCCUGUGUCUAAGGUAUUGGGGGUCAGGGUCAACCCUGUGUCUAAGGUAUUGGGGGUCAGGGUCAACCCUGUGUCUAAGGUAUUGGGGGUCAGGGUCAACCCUGUGUCUAAGGUAUUGGGGGUCAGGGUCAACCCUGUGUCUGAGGUAUUGGGGGUCAGGGUCAACCCUGUGUCUAAUGUAUUGGGGGUCAGGUUCAACCCUGUGUCUAAGGUAUUGGGGGUCAGGGUCAACCCUGUGUCUAAGACCCUCCAGGGGUUCCCGUUUAGAGACCCAGAGCUGUCUUCCCUCCUGCUGGCCCAGCUGAACAGGCUGAGACAGGAGAGGAUCCUAACAGACGUGCUGCUCUGUUCAGACAACACAGAGAUCCCCUGCCAUAGGAACGUACUGGUGUCCUCCAGCCGAUACUUCAGGGCCAUGUUCUGCAGUAACUUUGUAGAGAGCAGACAGGGGCGUGUGGAUCUGAAGGGUAUCUCCCCUGACGUGCUCAGUGGCAUAGUGGACUAUGUGUAUACAGGAGCCAUCACCAUCAGCAUGGACAUAGUGCUGCCUCUAAUGCAGGCUGCCUCUAUGCUGCACUAUGGACGGCUGUUUGAGGCCUGCUCCGCCUUCCUUCAGGAGCAGCUGAGCCCAGACAACUGUCUCAGUAUGAUCAGGUUGUCAGAGAUCCUCCACUGUGACAGUCUGAAGGAGAAGGCUAAGGAGAUGGCCGUGAGGAGCUUCUCAGACGUAGCUGCCUCCGAAGACUUCUGUGAGCUCUCCUUACCGGAGCUUAUGUGUUACCUGGAGGACGACCGACUGUGUGCAGAGGAGGAGCAGGUGUUUGAGACCCUCCUGGCGUGGAUCCACCACGACCCGUUCUCCCGGCGCGGCGCCAUCCACGACCUCUUCAAGAAGGUGCGCCUGCGCUACAUCCACCCCACCUACCUGUUCCAGUUCAUCGCCAACGACCCGCUAGUGCAGUCCUCCACGCUCUGCACUGAGAUCAUUGAGUCCGUCCGGCGUCUCAUGCUCUCAGUCAGUGCCAAGUGCGGUCGUGAGCUGAAGCCCCUCUGGACCACACCGCGCCGCUACACCUGCCGAGAGACGCUCGUUGUGGUCGGCGGGCGCAAGAAUAACGAGCAGACAUCCCGGGAAGCCCUGCUCUAUGACGAGAGGACGCAGCGCUGGCAGUGGCUGGCCAAGCUGCCCCUGCGACUCUACAAGGCCUCGUACGUCUGUAUCCACAGCAUCCUGUAUGUGGUGGGGGGGCUCAGCCUCAGCAUGGCCUCGGGAGACAGCUCUGUGUCUGCCACCGUCUACACCCUCUCCCUCAAGACCAACCAGUGGAGGACGGCUGAGCCCAUGUUGGAGCCGCGCUACGCCCAUCAGAGUGUCUCCUAUCUCCACUUCAUCUUUGUCCUGGGGGGGAUCGGAGUUGACAAACAGAUCUCCAACUCCGUGGAGAGGUACAACAGUAUGUUUAACCAAUGGGAGGCCAUGGCUCCUCUCCCCAGCGCCGUGCUGCACCCCGCCGUCGCCGCCAACGACCAGAGGGUCUAUGUGUUCGGAGGGGAGGACGCCAUGCAGAACCCUGUCAGGGAGAUACAGGUGUACCACAUCUCCAGGAACCUGUGGUCCAGAUUGGAAACCAGGACAGUGAAGAACGUCUGUGCACCUGCUGCUGUCAUCGAAGAUAAGAUCUACAUCAUUGGAGGGUACACUAGACGGAUGAUCGCCUACGACACCAAAGCCAACAAGUUUGUAAAGUGUGAGAACCUGAAGGAGAGGCGAAUGCACCACAGCGCCACGGUCAUCAACAACAAGCUGUACGUGACGGGGGGCCGUUUCCUGAACGGGCACGACACCAUCGAGGACUCGGACUGCUUCGAGUGUUACGACCCCAAGACGGACGUGUGGACCUCCAAGGGGACGCUGCCAUACAAACUGUUCGACCACGGCUCCCUGCCUCUGGUCUGUGUCUCCAACAGACCCAACCCCCCCUGA